AUUAGAUCCUCGAUAUAUAAGCACCCUAACUGCUAGCUAGACAUACUAGACAUAUGAACCGUCAUAGCAGCUCAUCAGGCCAUAUCAAUUGUUAACCUCAUACUACUCUUGAUCGUCUCCUCUAAAUCAGUUGCAAAGUUCUCCUCACCAUCUCACUUAUCAAGGCGAAUCUCAUCGGACAACAUGGGCAUCGUUCAUAUCGUGCUCUUCGAAUUCAAGCCGACCACAAGUCAUGCAGAGAUUGAACAUACUUGCGAACAAUUUCUAGCACUUGGAGAGAAAUGUAUCCACCCAACCACCAAGAAACCAUACGUGAAGUCGGUCAAAGGCGGUAGGGACAACAGUCCUGAAGGACACCAAGGCGGAUUCAGCCACGGUUUCGUUGUGGAGUUUGAAAGUGAGGAAGACCGGAAGUACUAUUUAGAGAGUGACCCAAGCCACCUGCAAUUCACGAAGGACGUUGGCCCAAUCAUUCAAAAUGUCCGAGUUGUAGAUUUCGAACCAGGAAAGUUUUAGUCUGUGGAAAUACAUUAGCACCCAGUAGUUUUCAGAGGAAUCAUGGGUAUCAUUUGCAAUCUAAUAAUAGUAAUCAUCUCCGCCU